AUUAGAACCGAGCGCGUUGACCUGUAAGAAUAGGCGGUAACCGGCAGAGUUUGGAGAGAGAGAGAGAGAGAGAGGAGAGAGUUUGAAUUUGGAAGCAACAGUGUGGGCUUUUGAUUGCAGGGCCUCUCCUUUGAUUGCAGCAUCGGCGACUUAGAACAUAUAGAGAAAUCACAGAACAACAAAUGUAACAUGCCAUCCAUUUUCUUCGUCUUCUUCUUCUUCUUCUUCUUUGCAACAACCUUUCUGCAAUUUCUUCUACCUUCUUAGUUUGUUCUUCAGCUUUUCUCUGGAUUCUGUUUCUUCGAUUACAAUGGCGGGUUGGAGAAGAGCGUUUUGCACUUCCAUUCCUAAGCACACGGACACCAAUGAAGCCCAAACCCCACGAAUCACCACCUCUAAAUUUGGGUUUUUCUCUAACCCAUCAACGCCUCGCUCGCAGCCGGAGCCGCCGGGCCUCGGUCUCCGCUGCAGAACCUCUGUUGCUACUGAUUCUGCAGAUUCAUCCACGCCCAAUCUUAACCAGAAGAAAAGCAGUGGCUCCAGAUUCUUUCAGUUUUCGAACCCUUCUUCGCCCAAAUCCCCUUCUAGUUUCUCCUUCGUUAAAGCUGGAUUACGGCUGUCUAAGAGUAGGUGUGGAAUCUGCUUGCAAAGCGUGAGAAGAGGACAAGGAACCGCCAUUUUCACGUCGGAAUGCUCCCACUCCUUUCACUUUCCUUGCAUCUCUGCGCACAUCAAGAAGCAUCGGACUGUGGCUUGUCCUGUUUGCAGCUCUCUAUGGAACGAUGCUCCGUUGCUUGAUAAUCAGAACCCUCAGAAUCAACCAAUCCACACGGAGAAGACGAGAGGAGUCCAACCGAUCAAACUCGGAGAGAUGAAAUCGAAGCCGCUGAAAGUUUACAACGAUGACGAGCCUUUGAUGUCCCCAACUUCCGGUGGUCGAUUCAAUCCAAUACCGGAAUCGGACGAAAACGAUGACGAUGAAGAGCAGGAUAGCGCAGUUGAGUUUCAAGGUUUCUUUGCUAAAUCUGCACUAUUAGCGUCUCCGAGAUUACGUAACAUUGUGAAAAAUGUAGAAGUGAGUUUAUUGCCUGAGGCGGCGGUGGUCGCAGCCGGUCGGGGCUAUGAGACCUAUGCGGUGGUAUUGAAGGUGAAGGCGCCGGCAAGAUCCGUAACGACGUCGUCUUCGCCGACCAAUCGGAACCUUCGUCCGCCGAUUGAUUUGGUAACCGUUUUAGAUGUUAGUGCGAGCGCGAACAGCGUCAAACUCCAGAUGGUUAAACGCACCAUGCGGUUGAUUCUUUCUUCGCUAAGUUGCUCGGAUCGCCUCUCGAUUGUGGCGUUUUCUUCCAGUUCCAAACGGUUGUUGUCUCUACGGAGAAUGACAUCCAGUGGUCGCCUAUCGGCGCGUCGAAUCGUCGACUUGCUCUGCGAAGUUGGCCAAGGAGCGUGUGUUAACGACGCAAUCAAGAAGGCAGCGAAAGUUCUCGAAGAUAGGCGUGAGAGGAAUCCCGCCGCCAGUAUCAUCCUCAUUUCUGACGGACAAGAUGACCUUGUCGGAGCUUCUUACUCCGGCAAUAGCAAAAGAUCGGCUCCGGUCGUGUGCUCCACGCGCUUCUCGCACCUUGAGAUUCCCGUUCACGCCAUUUCCUUCGGCGAUGGCCCCGCACCGCCGGAAGACGCGUUGGCAAAAUGUGUUAGCGGCAUGUUGAGCGUGGUGGUACAAGAUCUCAGACUCCAACUCGGGUUCGUAUCCGGUUCAUCUCCGGCCGAGAUUGCAGCGGUCUAUUCCCUCUCCAGUCGCCCGACGGCUCUCGAACCCGGUUCAAUCCGGAUCGGGGAUCUCUCUUCUGAAGAAAUCCGAGAAAUGCUAGUGGAAUUGAAAGUGCCAAUUUCGUCGCUAGGGACUUGCCCCUUAUUGUCCGUACGAUCCACGUUCAGGGACACGUCAUCACAAUCUCAAGGCCUUAUUUGUUCUAAACAAGUAAUCCCAGUACCCAGGCCGCGGGCCGUCCGAUCAUCCGGCUCCAACAUCGAACGGUUGAGGAAUCUCCACGUCACGAUCCGAGCUGUAGCGGAAUCGCAGCGGUUGAUGGAACACCAUGAUUUCUCGUCAGCUCAACACUUGCUGUCAUCGGCUCGAGCCUUGCUUAUGAAACAAUCCGGCUCCACAUCAGCUAGCGAAUACUUAAAAGGCUUGGACGCCGAGUCAGCCGCGCUGAGCCGCCGAAAACAAGUACAUAUGCAAAGCCAAAGGCAGAACCAGAACAUCAUGGGAGGACGAGAUGCAAGCCGAGUAGACGAGAAGUAUGAGCCACUUACGCCGACGUCGGCUUGGCGUGCCGCGGAAAGACUAGCUAAAGUAGCGAUUAUGAGGAAGUCGAUGAACAGAGUCAGCGAUUUGCACGGCUUCGAAGAUGCCAGAUUUUAAUUCAAAAUCAAAACAAUAAUAAAAAAAUCAUAAAUCAUUCUUGGAAAUAAAAAAAUAAUAAAAAAAAAUUAUGAUUGGACUAGUGGGAAUGGGCCCGGGCCUAGAAUAUGGACAAGAGUACAAGACGGCUUGGCCCUUUUCCCUUUCUUUUUUUUCUUUAAUUUUUUUCCUUUUUUUUUUUAAUUUUUUUGUAUUUUGGGCAUUGGCAGAGGAAAGGAGCAGUAAAGUGGGAGUAAAAAAGGGGACCCAACAAAGAAGAGAGAUAGAAGAGUGAGGUGAUGGAUUGAGUUACCAGAAGAAAUUGCAUUAUUUUGAGACCAAAGUGUAUCCAAAAAACUCAGGCUGCCCCAUUCUGUUUGUU